AAACACCACCAACAUUCAGGCACCAUUUUUAUCAAUUAGUGCAAAGGGUGCAAAGAAAAUUUUUUUUACAAAACUACAAUCUCGUGAGAAUUUCCCUAUCUAUAGACGUAUGGAAGUCGUUGAUUAUUAAAACUAUUCCACGACAGUGAAAAAUUAACGUAUUUAUUGUGUGAGUGCGACAUUUUACAUUGAUCAGAGAUCAGGGCACAUCAAAGAGGGCCUGGCCUGGCCCUCCAGAUACCAAACAAAACAUGGACGCCGUUGAAAUAAAUACGUCGGAGUCACCGCAAAAUGAAGAGGGAAUUGUAUCAGCAAUGGAAAUAUGUAGAGUUUGCCUCCUUGGAAAUUUAUUAAUGCGAGACCUAUUUCAUGAUAAUGGGGUCGCAUCAUUGUCCGCUAAGGCCAUGAGCUUUACCAACGUUAAGAUGUUACCUGGUGAUGGACUACCAGGACAAGUUUGUUGUGAUUGUGCUGAUAAAUUAGAAGCUGCCUAUGAUUUUAAAUUACAAGUAGAACAAGCUGACAGUGUGUUGAGAGAAAAAUUUGACACUUUGAAUAUAAAAGAAGAGUUAUUUUUUAAUGACGUGGAAGUUCAUUUAGAAGGAGAGAGAACGAGAGUAAGACGUGAAAUUAAUGAUAAUGGUGAAUAUGUUGAGGCGACAGAAUCUUUGCACGACGAUGGUAGAGACACUCUUUUAAAGGAUCAUCUUGCUCUUUUGCAAGUGGAAAAAAUUGCAGAACAAGAGAGCAUGUUACAGCACGAUUUUUGUUCAGGUGUAGAGCACUUGCAAGAGCAACUUCAGGAAGAAUUGCACGAGGGUGAAUUGGAAGAAGAGGAUUUGCAGGAGGAAGAGCAACUGCAGGAGCAACAUUUGCAGGAACAGCAUUUGCAAGAGGAACAUUUACAGGAACAACAUUUACAGGAACAACAUUUACAGGAACAUCAUUUACAGGAACAUCAUCUGCAAGAACAUCAUCUACAAGAGCAUCAUUUACAAGAGCAUCAUCUACAGGAACAACAGAUGCAAGAAGAACAUCUUCAGGAAGAACAUUUACAGGAGGAACAUUUACAAGAGCAAUUGCAAGACGAUGAUGAUCUAGCCGAUGAUCUCGAUAAACAACCAAACGAUGAAUUACUCCAUUUACAACAAAUUUCCCAAUCAGUGCACAAUUUUUCCGAUCAACAACAACAGCAACAACAACAACAACAACAACAUGGGAUCAAGGACGAAAAUCUCCAGGACGUUGAGUCUGAAAAUAUUCAAGAACAAAAUUAUCUCGAUCAACAGGAAUGCUCACAAAUGAGUGAUGACGAUUUUAAUAACGACGAACCUUUCGCUGACUCCCAAGAGUCCAUGGAAUAUUCAACAAUGGAGAAGGAAGGAGAAAUGGAACAAGAACAGAAUCAGGAUCAAGAUGCUUCCAUUGAACAAAUGGAACACGACUCGCCAGAAAGUGAAACACGUCGUAUUAGACGUAAAGUGAUACGUCAAUCGACCGGAUCGGAACACAAUUCCGACGAGGAGAAUUAUUUCGAAAAUUUGAAUUUAAGUUCACGUUUGAAGAAGACACAGGACGGGCAAUCAGAGAAGGUCUUCUUUAUGUGUUAUCUUUGUGAUAAAGAAUUUUUAUCGAAGGGAAUUUUAAAGGAACAUAUGCACUCACACGAGGAGGUGAGACGAACUCUCUCCUUGAAGAAAGUUGAAAAUAAAUUGCAAAAACCGGUCAUUCAACAGAAGGUUUCUCCACAGAAAGUUCCGGUCACGCCACAAAAAUCAGCAUUACCUUUAAAAACUCCUCCAUCUGGUAAAAAGGCGAAUAAAUGCCCGUAUUGUGGUAAAGAAUAUCUGUACAUAAUUUCCUUCAAUAAGCACAUAAAACAACACGAGAAGGAUAAAGACGUAAAAAAGAGUGAAUUUAUGGCAGGCGAUGAUGAUUCUGUCGAUUACGUUGAGAAUGUGAAUUCCAUCGGUGUUUUAGAGACAAGCAUCGAUGAUAAUGAUUCCGAAUCGGAAAAUGAGAAAGAAUCGGAAGUUUAUCAAUGCGAAAAGUGUCCUGAGAAAUUUAGCAAUAGACGCGCACUCCAGAAGCAUGGAGUGAAACAUAUAAAUUUGAAAUGUUCGGUUUGUGAUGUAGAAUACGAAUCGUUUGAGAAGUUGAACGAGCAUCGAAUUGAACACGUCACCGAGGGUGUAUUAACCGAGGAUGAUUUACGCAAAGACGCCGAAGAAUGGAAUGCCCUCGACGACAAAUCAGAAACAGAUCAAAAGAACGAAUUAAAAUGUCCCCACUGUACAUUGUUGUUCUCAUACAAAAAAUCCCUUUUAAAACACAUCGAGACACAUGCAAAUAAAUUCACCUGUAAAGUUUGUGGCAACGUUUUCAUGAAACGGGAACACUUGUCAAAACAUCUAGAAAGUCACGUGAGACCAAAAUCAUUCAAAUGCACCGAGUGCACCAAAGUUUUCGGCAAUGAACUCACUUUACGUAAUCAUCUAAUAGCCACGAGUCACAAGACAAUUCUCCAAGGGGAGGAAUACGAUCCAAACAAGAGAUUGAAGCGGGUCGCAGCCAAAGCCGCACAGAAGAUAAUCGACAAAAUUAAAAUCGAAGACGAAAGCGACUUCGACGAGGAGGCCAAAAAGAAGGACGUCAAUUAUCAAGAAGAGUUAAAAUCACCAUCUAAAAGGACAUACAGCAAAAAACUAUUCGAAUGCGAGACUUGCACCAAAAAAUGCAGUUCCAAACAAUCGCUAACAAAACACAUGGAACUACACGUCAAGGAUGAAAAAAGCGACAAGAUCAAACUGGAGAAAAAGGACCCAGAGAAAUUCCUCGACGACACCGACGACACCGACGAUCGUGACGACGAUUUCGAAAGCGGUCUCGACUGGCCCAUGGACAAUCACGAGUGUCCCACCUGCAAGAAGCGAUACAGCACCAAAAAAUCCCUCCUCAGGCAUCAACUGCUCCACGAGGAGCCAAAUUUCGAAUGUGACAUUUGCAACGUGAAAUUCUACCGCAAAGACAAACUCAAAGCCCAUUACGACAAGUGCUCCGAGAAGAAUCCCGAUCAAGUCCGAAAGUGCAACAUUUGCGGCGACAGUUUCGAGAAUAACGAAAUACUCCGCGAGCAUCGCGCCAAACACGUGACCGAGGGAAUCCUCACCGAAGAGGACCUCCGUGAAAUCGAGCCAAGGCCCGAGGAGAGAAAAUCCGGCGAGAAAAUCCCCCGAAAACGACGCACCGAUAUCGUCGGUCUCGAAUGCACCGAAUGCAAUAAACAAUACACCUCCCGCAAGGGUCUCCUCCGACACAUUCAAGUCCACGAGGGCAAAAAAUACCUCUGCGACAUUUGUCCAAAGAAAUUCUACCGUCGCGAACACCUCAAGAUCCACGUCGCCAAACACAACAUGAUCAAACCCUACAAGUGCACUCGCUGCACGAAACGCUUCAUCAAAGAGGAACAACUCACCAAUCAUCUGUCAAAACACGAUCGUAAUUUCAAAAAAAACAAAGAGACAGACAGUUCCAAGCGUUUCCUCUGCGAAAUUUGCUCCAAGAGUUUCACCCAGUCGACAACUUUAAUCGCCCAUUUGCGCGCUCACAACGGCAUCAAACCAUACGUGUGCGAGGUGUGCUCCCGCCCCUUCACCACAAACGCCUAUCUCAAAAUGCACAUGCGAACACACACCCAGGAACGUCCUUACAUCUGUCAAUUCUGCUCGCGAGCCUUCGCACGCGCCGACACUCUCGCCAAUCAUCUCACAUCCCACACUGGCGAGGCCAAGUACCACUGUAAAUUCUGUCCGAAAAAUUUCCGCCGUCUAAAAUCACUCAAGGAACACGUCUUCAUUCACACCGGUCAAAGACCCUACGCGUGUCCCACUUGCGAUCGACGCUUCAACAACAAUGGCAGUCGUUACGCUCACAGUAAACGUUGCAAGCAAAAUAUGCUCCAAAAUCAAAAUCGUGCGCAACUUGUUUCGCAAGUGCCACAGCAGCAGAUACAGAUACAGCAACACCAGCAGCAGCAACAACAGCAGCAUCAUCAUCAACAGCAACAGCAACAUCAGAAAUUACACCAGACUAUUGUUCAGAGUCCAUUGAUCAAGUCGCAGAAUAUAAAGACAAUCACCAUUGCCAGACAAGCGGAACCGAUGACAGCUCAACAUGUCAUGCAGCAUCAGGAAAUUCUCAUGCCACUUAUUUUGCCAUUGACAGUGACACUUGCCGAUGUUGGGGAGGAAGUCAUUCUGCCCGAGGGUACGAAAAUAUUCACCACCUCUUAGUUGAAGAGCUCGCAAUUUUAAGAGGGAAUUCUAACAAAUAUGAUUCUUCAAAAAAGACUCUUGAAAAAGGUUUCUUCGAAAAAGAUUCUUCAAAAAAGAUUCUUCGAAAAAGUUUCUUCGAAAAAGUUUCUUCAAAAAAGAUUCUUCGAAAAAGAUUCUUCAAAAAAAAGUUUCUUCAAAAAAUCACCACUGUUUUCUAUGAAAACAAUCAAGUUUUCUCGUGGGGAUUUUUUUCUCUCCAUUUGACGAGACGUGAUGAAAAUUGAAAAAAGAAGAGGAUAACCGAGUCUUCGAAAAAACUUGGAACGACGACGACGACGACAACGGUUAAUUAUCGUGGACUGAUUAUGAAAAUAAAAGAACUAUACAAGCGUGAGAUAUUUUUUCAUUAUCUAUUUUUCUCUGUGUCGAAUUUUAAGAAAGAAUCAGACUUUUAAGAAAUAAAUUUUGCAAAUUAAAGUUAAUUUUUCGCUCGAUUGUUCGAUUCUUACUUCUGAUGGAGAGAAUACAAGGAUUUAAAUGAAAUUGACAAUUGAGUUCAGUAGAAUUUUCUUGUGGCAAACGAAUUUUUUUUUUUUAUGACUUUAUGCUGAAAAUUUUUUCCAGAAAAGCGAAAUAAUCGAAAAUUGAAAUAGAAUUUAAAAAAAUGACAAAUAGAAAGAAUAUUUUGACAUUUUAUUUUUAACUCUGUGCUGAAAAUUUGUUCCAGAAAAGCGAAAUAAUCGAAAAUGGAAAUAGAAUUUAAAAAAUGAUAAAUAGAAAAUAUUUUUCCCCUAAGAAAUAUAAUUGGCAAUUUCAUAAACGAA